CCAAGUCGGUUCAAAGGAGGAGAAUCCUAAGAACCCUAGGAGAUCAACAAGAGAAGAUAAAGACAGCUUCUUUCUCCAUCUCUCAUUUCUUUUCCUCCUCUUCUUUCUUCUUCCUCCCUCUUUUGCUCCCCCCGGUGCUAUACUGCACUCCUCCUCUUUCCCCAUCCUAAUCUAUGGCAGAUUGUUAUAAGGGAACUUCAAAGUUGAGGCUGCAGGAGGUCAGCAUCUUCGAUAUAACAAUUGAGCACAAGCCAUCAAACUCGCGCUUGUCAGAACUGGGGGUGCACUUGUGGCCGAAAUGGGGAUGCCCUCCAGGAAAAUUUCCUCUGAAAUUCGAUGCUGAAGAAACAUGCUAUUUCCUCAAAGGCAAGGUCAGGGCAUGCAAAAGGGGGUCGUCUGAAUAUGUAGAGUUCGGAGCAGGUGAUUUGGUGGUCAUCCCGAAGGGACUCAGUUGCACUUGGGAGGUCUCUCUGUCAGUAGAUAAGCACUACAAGUUUGAUUGCUCCUGAACCCACAUCAGUUCUCUUCUCUUCUUCUUUCUGAUUCAAAAACUCUAGAUUAACUCUUUCGGUUCGUUGUCUAAGGAGACACUGACCACAGCUUCCUCUAGGAUUCCUUUGCUUGGUCAAGAUAGCUGUUGGGGGUCAAAAAUCAUAUUUAUUGUUCCCAUUUGGCUUUACUGUCCUCCACCAGUUCAGAGAGAGAGAGAGAGAGAGAGAGAGAGAGCGCCAUAAAUGGCAGUUGUUGGAAACACGUGCUGAAUGAUGCAUUCGUUCCUUGUGGUGUGGAGGAUCUUAAACUCAAUUAUGAUCAAGCAGUUUUAGUAA